AUGCGUCCACGUCAAGUGAAUGCGGCGCCAGACCCGACGUCUGAGCACGCUGCGUAUACGACGAGCGCCGAGAAGGAGAAGCAGCAGGUGGGCGAUGCAAAUAUCUCUGCAGGUUCUGGGAUUCGGCGCGGCGAGUACAUCAUGUUGUUUCUCGUCGUGCUGCUCGCCGCGUUUGUGCGCCUCCAUCGGCUGGAUCGUCCCAGCAGUGUAGUGUUUGACGAAGUGCACUUUGGUGGCUUUGCCGGCAAGUAUAUCCACCAAGAAUUUUUUAUGGACGUGCACCCCCCGCUUGCGAAAUUGCUUCUUGCGCUCGUGGCAUGGCUGCGUGGCUUCAAAGGCAACUUUGACUUUGAGAGUAUCGGGAACGAGUACCUCACCACACCGGGCGAAGAGCAGGUGCCGUACGUUUCGAUGCGCCUGCUCUGCGCCUUGUUCGGCCUUGCCACCGUGCCUUUGGCCUACUUGACUCUGCGUGGCCUCGCGCUGCGCCCUGCCUCGGCACUGCUUGGCAUGCUGUUUGUCACGUUUGAGAAUGCGCUCACGACGCAGUCGCGCCUUAUUCUGCUCGACGCGCCGCUCGUCUUUUUCGUCGCGCUCUCCCUCUACACGUGGGUUUCGUUUGGAAACAUCGACGCGCGCGCGCCUUUCUCGCGGCCGUGGUGGGCAUGGCUCUUUUUCACCGGUCUCUCGCUUGGUGCGGUCAUCUCUGUAAAAUGGGUUGGGCUCUUUACCAUUGCCGCGGUGGGACUCGGCGUCGUCGAGCAGCUUUGGCGGCAUCUCGGCAACGUGCAUACGCCCGUGCGUGUGCUUGUCUACCACUUACUAGCACGUGCAUUGUGCCUGAUUGUCGUCCCCACCAUUUUUUACAUUCUCACCUUUGCCGUGCAUUUUGCCGUGCUGUGCAAGCCCGGCGCCGGCGCGACGUUUAUGAGCUGGCCGUUCCGCCAGACGCUGGAAGGAAACCGCUCGCCGGAUACGUACGCAGAAGUGCUGCUGGGCAGCAAAGUCCGCAUGCAGCACUACAAUACAGUGGGUGGCUAUCUUCACUCCCACGAGCACAAUUACGAGACGGGAAGUGGGCAGCAACAGAUCACGCUGUACCCCUUCCCCGACGAGAACAAUGAAUGGUACAUUAUCCGUGCGCCGAACGAGGGCGAGUACGACCACGACAAGGACGGCCACAUGAUCCAGCCAGACGACGAGGUGUCGCGCUUUUUCGACGAAAAGGUCCCGCUGCGGAACGGCGCGACGGUGCGCUUGAUCCACGCAGAGACCGACCUGCGUUUGCACUCCCACGAAAGCCACCGGCCGCCCGUGACAGAGGCUGACUACCAGUAUGAAGUCUCGGGCUACGGUUUUCCUGCGCAGCACUUUGGCGGCGACGCGAACGACGACUGGAUCGUCGAGAUCGUUCGUCAGGAGCACGCCAUUCCGGCGCACACACGCGACGACCAGAUGAUUGCCUUGCGCACCAUUUUCCGCUUACGCCACGAGAAUUUGCACUGCUAUCUCUACUCGCACAACGUCAAUCUCCCCGAGUGGGGCUUUGGCCAGCAGGAAGUCAUGUGCAAUUCCGCGCCGAGACUGCCCAACUCGCUCUGGUACAUUGAGACCAACGAACACCCCUUGCUCGAGCUGGAGGCGCGGCCAAAAAUGAUUCGCUACGUUUUGCCCACCUUUUUCCAGAAGUUUGCCGAACUGCAGCGUGUUAUGUGGUCGGUCAACGAGCGGCUCACGGAGCACCAUGUGUACGAAUCGCGCCCGUUCUCAUGGCCCGCGCUUAAGCGCGGGAUCAAUUUCUGGACCAAGAACCACCGCCAGGUGUAUUUGUUUGGCAACCCGAUGGUGUGGUGGCUCGGCACUGCUUCUGUGCUCUUUUACGCCACCAUUCGCGUCUUUUUACUGCUCCGCGCGCAGCGUGGAUGCAACGACUUUAGCCAUACGCUUGUCGUGUACUACGACCGUGUAUGUGCCUUCUUAGCCAUUGCCUGGGCGUUGCAUUACCUCCCAUUCUGGCUCAUGAAACGCCAGCUCUUUUUGCACCACUACCUUCCCGCGCUGUACAUUUCCAUCCUGCUCACCGCCGCCGUAUUCGAUCUCGCUACAAACAGGGUGCGGCCGCGGAUGCGCAUGCAAAUCGCGCUGGGCGUCUCGCUCCUCGCUGCGUUCGUCUUUUGGCGCUACUCCCCCCUCAUUUACGCCUCGCGCUGGACGGGCGACGGAUGCCAAAACUCGAUCCUCGUCGACUCGUGGGACUUUAACUGCGUCGAUUUCCCCGACGAUGUGCGCGAGUAUAGCGAGUACGAGUCGGUGGUCAACCUUCCCGAAGGACACGCCAGCGACUGGUACAACAAGCUACCGAGCGUGCUGCGCAACAUCGCACGCCCUGCCCCCAAUGCGGCCGUGCGCAAACCCAAGUCGGUGACCGGUGCGCCAAAGCCAUUUGCGCCGCUGAGCGAGAGCACAGCGACGGCAGCGAGCAAUGCAACUAUGCGCGCGGCGCCCAACUUGGCAGGGCUAGACCAGGCCCAGCGAAAAGAAGCCAUGCUCCAGGGCACGAGUGGUUUUGCGCAAGCGCGAAAUGUGAGCAGCAGCGUGUCCGGCGCGCAGAGUACCUCAGCAGCAUAG